ACUUGACGCCUUUAACCUCAUCCAUAUGGUUCCACAUUAGAUGUGGGAAAUAAGAAAUCUGCGCUGCUAGCUAACAUUUCACAGCUGUUGCCAGCGGGGGUAACGGCCGGAAAAGAAGCGGGGUCCCCGGCUACAGGGUAACCGGACUGUCGGUAGAUUUUUUUGCACUUUAAGGAGAAACUUUACACUGAAGGAUUACUGCUUGUAGCCUUUUUUAAACAUUACUCGACGAACAUGCCCUCGUCUAAAUAGCUGCGGUGGAGGUCGAGGAUGGCCGCAGACGUGGAUAAAAGAACCUCCGAGGAAGAGAGCAAGAUCUGGCCGCAGAAUGGGCGCCGGACGCCGGGCUCUGGUUCGUGGAUCUACAGGGGCAUGUGGACCCUGCUGAUGGUCUGUGCCGUCCCUCUUCUCGCUUUUGGGAUCAAAUACUACCAAGAUGCUCAGCUGCUCAAACGUCAUGAAGAGAGUGUUCGAACUCUGGGUGCCGAAGGGCUUUUUCUCUUCUCCUCCUUGGACACCGACCGUGACCUCUAUCUCAGCCCGGAGGAGUUCAAACCCAUUGCAGAGAAACUCACAGGGAUCACACCCCCAGUGGAUGUUGAGGAGGAGGUGAUCCAAGACCCCAAUGGGGAGACGUUGACCUUGGAGGCCAAGAUGCAGCCUCUGCGGCUCGACUCCAUGACGAAAAGCAAGGAUGGGUUCCUUGGGGUUUCUCACAGCUCACUGAGUGGACUCCGUUCGUGGAAGAGCCCAGCAGUGCCUUCUUCAUCGUUCUCCUCCGGCCAGUUCAGGGUUUUUCUGCCCCCAAAGAACAAGGGAGAAGUGGGAGACACGUGGUGGGUGAUUCCCAGCGAGCUCAACAUCUUCACCGGAUACCUGCCCAACAAUCGAUACCAUCCUCCCACACCGAAAGGCAGAGAGGUUCUCAUCCACACCUUGUUGAGCAUGUUCCACCCUCGGCCCUUCAUCAAAUCCCGUUUCGCUCCGCAGGGUGCAGUCGCCUGCAUUCGAGCCAGCAAUGACUUUUAUUAUGACAUAGUCUUCAGGAUUCAUGCAGAAUUCCAGCUCAACGAUGUUCCAGACUUUCCCUUCUGGUUCACUCCGGGACAGUUCACCGGCAACAUAGUCCUCUCUAAAGACGCGUCUCAUGUCCGCCACUUCCACCUUUAUGUCCCCAAUGACAGGUCUCUGAAUGUGGACAUGGAGUGGCUCUACGGAGCCAGUGAGAGCAGCAACAUGGAGGUGGACAUCGGAUACCUGCCGCAGUUAGAGCUGCAGUCCACAGGCCCAUCCACCCCGUCCAUCAUCGUAGACGAGCAGGGCAACAUCAUCGACAGUCGGGACAGCAGCGGCGAGCCGAUCCAAUUUGUCUUUGAGGAAAUCCACUGGAGCUCAGAGAUCGGUCAGCAAGAAGCCGCUCGCCGCCUGGAGGUCACCCUCUACCCCUUUAAGAAGGUGUCCUACCUGCCGUUUUCGGAGGCUUUCGAGCGAGCUGAAGCAGAGAAAAAGCUGGUGCAUUCAAUUCUGCUUUGGGGAGCUUUAGAUGACCAGUCCUGCUGAGGUUCGGGGCGAACUCUCCGGGAGACAGUCCUGGAAAGUUCGCCCGUCCUGGCCCUCCUCAACCAGAGCUUCAUAAGCAGCUGGUCUCUGGUCAAAGAGCUGGAGAACAUGCAGGCUGAUGAGCAGAACCCUGUGUUGAGUGAAAAGGCUCGCCUACACCUGGAAAAGUACAAUUUCCCUGUGGAGAUGAUGGUGGCACUGCCCAACGGAACCAUCGUCCACCACAUCAAUGCCAACUUCUUCUUGGACCAAACAUCCAUGAAACCGGAGGAAGAAGGAGCGACUUUCAGCUUCUCUGGCGGCUUCGAGGAUCCCUCCACAUCCACUUACAUCAGCUUCCUGAAAGACGGGUUGGAAAGAGCCCAGGAGUACCUCACACAGUAACGUGUGUGUGUGCAGUAGAGCCUGAGACUCUAAACUGGAGGAAAUGAUAAUCAUUCCUCCGGGGAAAGAUCCAAGAUAAGGAAAACCCAACCAACAAUAAUGUAGAGAAGCUUUCUCUUCAGUGUUGGCAGCUGAAAAAACAUUUUUGUCUUUUAUCCUCUUUGCUACUAUUUAUUUGGACUUGUCUCUCUUGGUCAAAAAUGAAGUUUUCUAUAAAGUAUUUGUAUCGUGAGUAGAACAUGUACAUGAUCCACAGGGAAACUAUCCUUUCAUUAUGCGUAUUUUAAUGAAAUACAAAAGGCCUUGCACACUGGGUGGGAACUACCACAUUCAGACCUGCUCUUUCUGCUUGAAGCUGCUGAUUAACGUCGAUGUAAAAUGCAAACAGACAGCCUGCCGAGUCAAUCUUGAGCGCAAGUGCCCUCGUCAUUCCUAAGUGCAUCACAACCCAGUGUAACGUUCUAGAUUUCUUCUUUUACGUUGUGGUGUUGCAUGUGCAAUAUUUCAUGAUUGGGUGUGUUCUCCUGAGGCUGACUGGAUCCAGAGACGGGUCGGUGCUGUCGUCACCUCCAGCUGUGUCUCAGCAGUUGGUGAAGACUUUGCCUGAAAGCUCUGGCUGAGCCGGGCAACGCCUGAUGUUCUCGCUGAGGCUGCUGGAGGGAAACGCCCAUCUCCGACUCAGGGGACAAAAGCUGCAGGAAGAACUAGACUGGACUCCGGCACAUAAAACGAUUAAUUCAGUUGUUUUCUUAUAGCUUGAGUUUGUAAGCAUUUGUUUGUGUUUAGAGGAAGAUGUGACCACACCAAAGAACUUUUCUUUUUAUAUGUAUGUACGCAGAUGAAUUCACUAUAUUCGUUGUUGUUCACUUUUAAGUAAAUUAGUGGAACAAAAUAGUUUUCUUUGCAAAAUAGUACACAUGAUAUGCUAUACUGUUAUCUCUCAAGGUUCAGGCAAAUGAUCUAUUUGUUUUUUUUCCUUUAGACAACAAGAAAGGAAAAGAUGACAAUCUGGACCCUCAACGUACGUCUCAUUCUUCCCCUUUUCCAAUCAUACAGAGACAACUGUGUGUCUUCAAUCCUGAUUUCAGUUUUGAGUACAACAGCCAAGAACCCAGGGAUUUCAAAAAAAACAAAAAAACUCACUUGAAUUGGUUACUCUUCAGUUUGCCGUUUCAAGUCCAUGUGAAGCAUUUGCCUGCUUUGAGCCUUUAGAGGAGAAACACUGUUAUUCUUUAACCUACCAGUGCCAUUUUUUCCACAAAGCAAAAUAAAACUUGUUUUUUUUAGAA